AUGCAAGCUGCCGAGUAUGCAUCUAAACACUCCACGGCCACCAUGCACCCUUCCACUGGCGUUGAUCCAAGCAAGAACCAUGACACAUACAUGAAGACCGCACUGAUGAACGAGGAGCGCGACUGGAAGAACGUCCCUCCCCCAGCCCGUGAUACAUUCACCCUGUCUGACAUCCUUGGUCAGACGGACCCUCAUCUCGCCGUCGUCGCCCGCACCGGCCUCACCUCCAUGGCUCUCCAGUACUACCAGGAGCCUGGUGAGACUGACUGCCGCCAGCACUUCUUCUUCGAGCUGAACGAGAACGUCCUCUUCGCCGACAAGGACGGUAACCGCGCUGGUAUUCAUGGCUUCGCUAUGUGGAUGGCGCCCACUGUCGAUGGAAAGGCAGAACUCACUGUGCGACUUUGUGUCAAAAAUGACCCGUUCAUGAAUCCUCUUGUGAUCUUUCAGUUUGACCUCACGAAUGCGAAGAAGGGACCGAAGGAGAACUUCAUUCUGAUCGAUCUGAUCAAUGUUCUUCAGGUUUUAGGAGACUGGUGGCAAGUUGUACGGAUACCGCGACGCUCUUGGAUGAUCCGCCUCCGCAACGCGGGUAUGGUCAGCUGGGACUGCAUCGGCAUGGACUUCAUGGAAGCCAAUUUCGCAGGCGACGGCGAAUACAUGGGUGAUCUCGAAUUCAACCUCAUCAUCCACAACAAGAUCACAUCCGACGACGAAGAGCUUGGCCCUAAUGGCAAGAUCAUCAUCGACGUCGAGAAAACGAUUAUCCGACGCGGUGUCUGGCUCGACGAGCGAUUCACCCGCGUCCUCGUCUACAAGCUUGCGAAACUGCCGUACGAGGGGCCUCCCGAUUGGGGUGAUGCUGUGAACAAUGCGUCUGUUGAUAAAUGGUUUGCCAAGGUUGAGGAUUGA